AUGCAUAAGAAAUUUCCUGCAAUUUUAAGUGAUAUUAAUGGAGUUCUACUUAGAAAUAAAUUAGUUAUAAAUUCACGUAUUAAGCAAGCAGUUCAAGACUUGAGACAGCCACUAUUUACUUCAACUCAUGCUAAAUUUUAAAUACCAUUUAUGUGUAUUACAAAUGAAUUUUAUGCAAACUAAAGUCUGGUAGCAGAUAUGAUUAAUUCUUAAUUUCAAUUAUAAAAUGAAUUUUAGUUAGAUUAAAAACAUGUAGCUCUUAGCUUCAGUCCUCUACUUAGAUACAAAGAUUUUUUUUAAAACAAGUAAAUUUUAUUUAUUGGAGAUUAAAGUAGAUAAAAUUUCUAAAUAGUUGCAGACCAGCUUUAAAUAAAAAAUUUUCUGACAUAAAAUGAUUAUUUGAACUUAAUAUAGCAAUAUUAAUCUAAGAAUUUAUUUGAAGAAGAAAAAAAUUUAAAUUAGAGUAUAGAAGUUGUUCUUUUAUUCAGCAGCCCUUAGUUUUGGGAGGUGGCUCUAGGUAUAUUUGAUUCAAUAAGAUAAUCUAUAGGUUAUCGUUAGAGCUAAUUAUUUCAAAGCCCUUCCUUUAUUGCUAUGCAUAAUGAUAGUGUUGAACUUAAUGAAUAAUAGAUUUGUACUCUACCAAGAAUCAAUAUGGGUACUUUUAAUGAGAUUUUUAAAAAACUACAUUCAAAGUUGUAUCACUUAGAUCCAUAAAUUAAUAUGAUGGGAAAACCUGAAAGAGAGUCAUUUGAGUAUUCAAGAGGAGUGCUUAGAAAGUAGAUAAUUGAAAGCAUAGGUAAAAUUGAAAGAUCAGAAGAUUUGAUAUCAAAUUAUUACAUGAUUGGAGACGAUCCUUACAGUGACAUAUUAGGAGCAAAUAACUAUGGCUGGAAAUCCAUAUUAGUUAAAACUGGAGUAUUCUAAGGUAAAGAAAAUGAUUCUAUGUAUCCAGCUAAAUAUGUAGUUGAUGAUUUUUAUGAAGCUAUAAAACUUAUCGAAUCACUUGAAGGAAUCUAAAUUAUAAAAGAUAAAUGA